CUCCAUGGCUUUGUACGAACAAUCCAUGUUUGAUUUCCUGCUUCAAACUAAUUACUUAAAAUCAAUUCUCGAAUCAUCAAUCCAAUUAAUCUUACUUUCUAGCUAAACUCAUCGAUUCUGCUUCAUCAUUUUCGCGAUUCAAGGUGCAUUCUACCGAGUCUGUAAGAGUUGAAAACUGGCCUUUAUGUGCUGUUGCACCACAAUUUUGUCAUGCACCACUGUAAUUUUUGGGUUCAUAAUACAGAUGAGGUGCAAAAUCUGAUGCAAUGGCAACAUCUAGCAAGUUUGAUCUGUCUUCUGGUAGCCCAGAUAGGGCUUUAUACUCUAGCGGACAGCGUGUAUCCCACUUAGCUUCUCAGUUGGACAGAUCAAGUACCUUCCGCGAGAGCAUUGAGACUCCAAUCUUGGCUUCUCUUCCAAAUAUGUCGAGAAGUAGUUCUGUAGUAACUCAAGGAGAUGUGUCCAGUUUCCUGCAGUGCCUGCGGUUUGAUACAAAGGCAGUUGCUGCUAAUCAUAAGUCUAAUCGUCAAGGAGACUUCAAAAAGCUCUUGAAUAUUGCACUCGGUAUUUCAGCUGAUGAACCUUCUACUGGUUCAUCAAAGGGCAAGCUGUUAUCAUCUCCCACACCAGAAGAAAUAAAACGGGUCAGGCAUGGCUUGCGUGAGAGCACUAUCAAGGCCAGGGAACGAGUGAAGAUUUUCAGUGAAGCCUUAUCCGUAUUCAACAAGUUUUUCCCAGCCAUUCCCUCAAAGAAGAGAUCUCGAUUGGAAGGCUUUUCAGUUGACCGUUCUAAUGCCUCAUUAUCUAGUGAGAGGUCAAUGUUGGGUCUUACCCUUGGUAAGAUGGGAAUUCAGAAUCAUGUGAUUAAUGGAAAUUUUGAAUUUGAGCAACAGAAGUCAGAUGAACGGCCUAAAAGUGCUGUCCCAAAUAAACGGACUCGAACUUCUAUGGCAGAUGUGAGGAUGGAUAUGCGGAACAAUGCUCUUGUCAGGCCAUCUGGUGCUGUAGAUAGAGAUAAGGAAUUGCCUAGGGUCGCAAAUAGUGCUGCAGUACUAGGUGAGGAUCGAACUCCAUCAAUUGGUGUUGAUGGUUGGGAAAAGUCGAAGAUGAAAAAAAAGCGUACUGGUAAAAGAGCGGAUGUUUCUCCAAAUAUGGCAGCAACUAAACCAAUUGAAGGGUUCCGAGAAUCUAAACAGGGAAUGCAGCACAGGCCCAUUGCUGAUGCCCGAUCUAGAUUAAAUAAUGACUCCCAUGGUUUCAGGCCAGGAGUAGCUAAUGGAUCUGUUGGAGUUGGAAAAUUAGAUGUAGUCUCACAACAGACAAGCUCGAGUGUGCGUGGACCCACUCCUAGGACCGAUCUGGAAAACAGUUCCCUUCUUAGCGAUAGGAGAGAUCGUCUGGUUGGUUCAGAUAAAGAAAGGGUGAAUGUGAAUUUGAGGGCCAUUAAUAAGAUGAGUUUUCGUGAUGAAUAUAAUUCAGCUAGUCCUACUUCAAGCACGAAAAUGAAUCCAUCUAUUCGUGGUCCACGAUCAGGUUCUGGUGCUGGACCAAAGUUUUCCCCAGUUGUCAAUAGAGAUUGGGAGAUUUCUAAUUGUACAAACAAACCAUCUACCGCUGGUGGAACUAACAAUCGUAAGCGCUCACCACCUGUUGCCCAGUGGGCUGGCCAGAGACCACAGAAGAUGUCUCGUACUGCAAGAAGAACAAAUAUUGUUCCUAUAGUUCAAAAUAAUGAUGAAGCUCCAUCUUUGGAUACUGUAUCUGAUGUUACAGGUAAUGAAAUUGGGUCAGGAAUUGCUAGACGCUUGCAUAGCAAUUCUCCUCAACAAAUUAAACUGAAGAGUGACAACUUGUCCUCGGCUGGACUCUCUGAAAGUGAAGAGUCUGGGGCUGCUGAAAUAAAAUCUAAAGAGAGGGUGAAGAAGUCUGAUGAGUUAGAUGAGAAAGCUGGGCAAAAUGUUCAAAAAAUGUCCACACUGGUCCUGCCAUCCAGGAAGAAUAAGCUCAUUACUGGGGAAGACCUUGGAGAUGGUGUACGGCGACAGGGGAGGACUGGUCGGGGAUUUCCUUCUACACGGUCUCUUAUGCCAAUGACUGUUGAAAAAAUUAGCAAUGUGGGAACAGCAAAACAGCUUAGAACUUCUAGGCUUGGUUUUGAUAAAGCUGAAAGCAAGGCAGGUCGCCCUCCAACAAGAAAACUUUCUGACCGCAAGGCCUAUACACGUCAAAAACAUGCUGCUGUCAGUGCUGCGGCAGAUCUUCUAGUUGGUUCAGAUGAUGGACAUGAAGAGUUGGUGGCUGCUGUGAAUGCUGCUAUUAGUUCUGCUUGUGCCUUUUCCAGCUUAUUCUGGAAGCAGAUGGAGCCGUUUCUUGGUUUCAUAUCAGAUGCAGAUAUUACAUAUCUAAAUCAAUUGGAAAACUAUCAACCUGCCAAACUGGUGUCAAAGCCAGUUUCUUUUGUUGCUGAUGGUAGCAGUAAUGACAUGAAGAGCGUUGAAUAUUUUACCGAGCAGUCACUAUUAGAGACAAGUGAUCAUAAUGCAAUUCCCCUCUAUCAAAGACUUAUAGCAGCUUUAAUUUCAGAGGAAGAUUGCAGCAGUGAAAAUGAAGGCCUUUACUCUGAUGCUUAUGGAACUGGAUUUGAACUGGAUGGGGAUUUGGUGUCCAAUGGUUUUAGUCACAUGGUUAAAUUUCAGUCUGCUGGACAUACUUCUUUCAAUGGGCAUAGCGUAGCCAUGAAUCUAGAAAAUGAGGAUCCAGAAAUUGAUAUAUUAAAAGAUCUUGGGACUCACCAAAAUUUCAGCCAUUCCUUAAAUGGUAAACAUUCCAGCCCAGCAUUGGUGCCUGGAAUGGUUGCAGAAUUUCAGUAUGAGAAUAUGAAAAUAAAUGAGAAACUCUAUUUAGAGGCUCAGAGUAUUGGAAUUCUCUUAGAACCGCUUGACACGGUAGAUGUGGUGGAUGAUAAAAUUUGCGAGGAUAUUAGUAAACUUGAGGAGAAGCACAAUGAUCAGGUUUUCAAGAAGAAAGGCUUGCUUGAUAAACUGUUGAAGGCUGCCUCAGAGACAAGAAAAGUUCAAGAAAAGGAGUUUGAACAGCGUGCCCAUGACAAGCUUGUUACCAUGGCUUAUGAAAAGUAUAUGGCCUGUUGGGGUCCUAAUGCCAGUGGUGGGAAAAGUUCCAGUAAUAAAAUGGUCAAGCAAGCUGCAUUGGCAUUAGUUAAACGGACAUUGGAGCAUUGCCAUAAAUUUGAAGAUACAGGAAAGAGCUGUUUCAGUGAACCCUUAUUUAGGGAUAUGUUUCUUUCUGGGUUUUCUGACAAAAAUCUCCCUCGAUUGGUAGAUGGAAAUAUCUUUGUCCAAUCUCAGGAAGCCCAAGUUUCAGCUUCCAUGGGUUCACAGCCGGCUACAACUCUAUCCCAAUUGGGUCAAAAUGGGGAUAGCUAUGCCAUUAAUUCUUCUGAUAUGCUUCCACCCACAAAUCAGCUUUCUGAACAAACCACUGGUAGAGAAGACACAUGGUCAAACAGAGUGAAGAAGAGGGAGUUAUUGCUGGAUGAUGUAGUUGGUGGUGCUAUUUGUACUUCAAGUGCCCAUUCUGGCAUUGGAAGUUCUUUAUCAAGCAGUACAAAGGGAAAGAGGAGUGAGAGAGAUAGAGAGGGAAAGGGACAUGUUAGAGAGGUUUUAUAUAGAAAUGGAACUAAUAAAAUUGGUCGACAAGUACCCAAUGUUAAGGGGGAAAGAAAAUCUAAAACAAAGCCAAAGCAGAAAACAACUCAGCUAUCUGUUUCUGUAAGUGGCCUUCUUGGUAAGAUGCCUGAGCAAUCCAAACCAUCAUUGACCUCUGUAUCAAAGUCAAGUGAAAUAACUGCUGACAACAAUGCUAAAGAGAAAAAUGAGUUUAGCUUGGAUGUAUUAGAUGACCCUGAGGUUGACUUCCAGUUACCAGAACAAGACCUGGGUUCAUGGUUGAACAUUGAUGAUGAUGGAUUACAAGAUCAUGACUUCAUGGGCCUUGAAAUUCCAAUGGAUGAUCUUUCAGACUUAAAGAUGAUGGUUUGAAGUUGGUCUCUUUGUAUAGUCUUGUUAAUUAUACUAUCAACAGACAAAACAUAAUCCCUGUUGUCAAGUAAUGACUGGUUAAGUGGAUAGCUAUUUGGUUGUCCUGUCCAGAGGUAGAUUACAUAGAUUCUUUUUCAGGAUUCCUCCACAUGUUGAUUUCUGAGUGAACCUUUGGAUGUCUUGCAUUUUUCUCCUGCUUUACGUUAGUGAUGUCGACUGUAAAGAUCUUUAUUCCUACAAGUUAGUUUAUCUUAGUGGUCGUAUCUUAGCAAACACCGUACCUUGGCUGUAGUUUUUACAUCAGAGAACAAUGCCUCUUCUUGUACAUACAUUUAUAUCACAAUAAAAUUAGCCUUUUGUU